UUUUGUAGAUCGUAAAAAAGUACAGUACAGCUGGUACAUGUACACUGUUCAGUGUACAGAUAAGAGAAAAUGCCGCGAGAUGAAGCAACAGUUGACAGAAUUUUCGCGGGAAAUCUUGAUGAUCUUCCACCACUCAGCUCAAAAGUUGUGCGGAUAUUCACAAGCUCAACCUUCACGGACAUGUUGAUGGAGAGGAACACGUUGAUGGAAUACGUCUACCCAAAGAUCAAGGAGUAUUGCAGGGAGAAACAUGGACUGGAGUACCAGGUAGUUGAUAUGAGAUGGGGAGUACGCGACGAAAUGACAGACGAGCACAUGACGACAGCACUGUGCAUGAACGAGCUAAGAGGAUGUCAGAAGUACAGCAUGGGUCCAAACUUUAUAUACUUUGGUGCACAGAAGUACGGGUACAGACCUAUACCUUCAGAGAUAGAUACAGCAGAACUUGAACUUCUAAGAGAUGCUCUUGUAUCCAUGGGUAACGAUGUCUCCUUACUGGAUAGAUGGUAUAGAAAGGAUAGCAACAAGGUACCCCCGGAAUCCAUACUACUUCCUAUUUCUACACAUUUAGUUCAUUUCUUAAACAAGAGACAACCUAAACUCCAGGCUCGAGAUGCGGGUAUUUGGUGGGGAACCUUAGCCAAGCUACAGCUUAUGCUUAGGAAAGCUGCAAAGGCUUUGUAUCAAAAUGACAAGUUUGAUGAGGAGCAAAUGCAUAAUUACAGAAUGGCUGUCACAGAAAGAGAAGUACGAAAUGGUUGUAUAUCAAUGCCAGAUGAUUAUGUUAAGGAUCAUGUGAUCAUAUAUACCAGGAUACUCAGAAAUAUAAAUCUUCAAAACUUGAAGCGAGCCUCUGCAUUUAUUGACAUAAUGGAUCGACAUGUGGAUCAAGAAGCACAGGAUUUUCUUACUUAUUACAGGGAUGUCUUGGCAAAGAAUAAGAUGCUGAAAAACAAGGGUAUUUAUAAAAGAUAUGAGAUAGAAUGGAUUGGUCGUGAAGGGUUGGCCCCAGAGACUCAUGAUGCUUACCUGAAAGAGUUCAUCAAUCAUUUUUAUAAAAACACUCUCAAACUUAUUGACAGAGCAAUGAGAAAAGAGGAUAAUAGUCCGCAGGGGAAAAUAGUUACAGAGUUAUUACAGCAUCUGCAUCAGUGUAAAAACAACUGUGAUGUUUUCUAUGGAAGAGAAGAGGAAUUAAAAAAGAUGAAAGAUUACAUAACCGGUCCCUCGACCAAGCCCUUUGUACUGUUUGGUGCUGGUGGUUCAGGUAAAUCUGCUCUGCUCAGUAAGACUGCUCUGCAAUCCUUGAAGGAAUGGUUGGCCCCUGCCGUUCCUCUGUUAAUGUGCAGAUUCUGUGGAACCACACCUAACUCUACUGCUUUAGGUCCACUGUUAAAAUCUAUUUGCCAGCAGAUCUCCUAUACCUAUAUGCUUCCCUUUGAAGAUAUACCCGAUGACACGGUUCCAGUAACUGCAUUCCUUAAAGAAUUACUGAAACUUGCAACUGCAGAACGUCCUCUUCUCAUAUUUUUGGACUCUGUGGAUGAACUGACUGGAUCUCAGGAUGCAAACAAGAUGUCCUGGCUUCCUCUAAAGAUCCCUGAUCACUGUAAGAUUGUUGUAUCUUGUACUUAUGAAGAAGGGAACCCGGCGUUAAUGCAGGAUUUGAAAUUUCUGCGCGCGAUGAUAGAAGACGACAAUCAGUUUCUUGAGGUGACCGCACUUGGCUCUGAGCUGGCCUGGAGGGUUAUGAAACUCUGGAUGACAAGUGCGGGGAGGACUCUUAAUAAUUACCAGUGGAGAGUAGUUGCGAAUGCUUUGGAUCAUUGCACUUUGCCAAUUUUUUGCAAACUUGUUCUGCAGGAGGUUUGCAGAUGGAAGAGUUAUUUUGAACCUGAGAAAACAGUUCUAAUGACCAAUGUUCAAGACAGUGUGUUUCAGUUGUUCCAACGGGUUGAAAACAAGCACGGCUGGAUGCUGGUUUCUCACGCAUUAGCAUAUGUGACAGCAUCUAAAAAUGGAGUUUCUGAACCAGAAAUAGAAGAUUUUAUCUCACUUGAUGAUAAGGUAUUGGAUGAUAUUUACCAGUACCAUUUACCCCCAACUAGAAGAAUCCCUCCGCUACUCUGGACUAGGGUUCGAAGUGAUCUUCCAGGCUAUCUGGCUGACAGUGAGGCCGAUGGUGUGUGUGUUAUCAAUUAUUACCAUAAACAGUUUAAGCAUGCUGCUAAACAAAGAUAUUUUUUGGAUGACACUGAUUAUCUCUAUUUUCACUCCUACAUGUCUGAUUACUUUCUCGGCACAUAUGGUGGCGGCAUUCUCAAACCCUUUAGAUACACAGAAAUACAGAAGCAUACAUUUAAUCUAAAAAGUAAAGACGACAACAAAGACAGACAGGUUCCAGCCAUGCCAUUAGCUUACUACAACCGUCAGGGUAAAUUAACCAGAUAUAAUCUUCGAAAGUUUACAGAGCUCCCAUUCCAACUGGUUCGAUGUUUUAGAUAUAAAGAUCUUUAUGAUAAUGUUCUCUUCAAUUAUCAGUGGUUGUAUAAUAAAAUGUGUGCACUUCCUCUGCCUGAAGUUCUGGGAGAUUUUGAGGAUGCAAUCAAGAACAUUCGUCUGGACCCUCAUAAGAAGGAUACCAUACACAAAGAAAUAAGUUUGGUUGCUGAUUCCCUGCGACUGGGAGGCGCCAUCUUGAAAUUUUAUCCCGGGAUGUUGUCUGCUCAGCUCGUGGGUAGGCUUCUACCGGAGAUAGAGAAUAGUGAAAACAUCAGGAACUUAUUAAGGCAAUGUGAUGAGGAAGGCAUAAAACAAAAUGCUUUGGUACCAACCUAUCACUGCAUGCAUACUCCAGGCGGACCCCUCAAAUACUCACUUGAGGGUCACCAGUUUGCAAUAUUUGCAAUGAAAUUAACCUCAGACAACAGAUAUAUAAUCUCCUGCUCUAAUAAGUUUAUCACAUUUGAUGUUGUGACCUCAGAUCUUGCAAGACAAGUUUAUCCAAAGGUUGAAGGUUUGAUGAUCGGUCUUGAACUAUCACCAGAUAAUAAGUUUGCAGCUGCCUACACCAAUAACAAUCAAACUAUUCUUUUAAAUACUUUAAUCAGUGAGUUCUUUAUUAUUGAUAAUCCGUUGGGAGAUGGGGAAACAGUUCUAGGUUUAGUUCUUCUGGACACUCAUCUUGUGGUCUACGGACAGUUUACUUGGUGCAUAUUUGAUUUACGGGGAAAAUUACUUGAUACUAAGAAGAUUUCUACAGAGGGAGAAAUUCUUAGUCUAAAGAUGCUUGACACCCUAGACAGUUACUCCAUCAUUUCCUGGACUGGAGAUAUAACAAACCCGAGAAUAAUUCUUGAGACUAUGCGAAAGGGUGUCUCUUCUGAGAUGCUGGUGGCUUGGAAUGGAAUAGCCAUGAACAAAAAACAAACUCAGUGCUUUAUCUGCGAAAUUAGAGAUAAGAAAACAGUUUGUGAGUAUAAUCUAGUACAGGGGGUCUGGAAGAAAAAACGAAAUCUCCAGGAAAAUAAUGAAAAUAUCCUUAUGCUUGAUAUGUCAACGAAUGAGAACUGGUGCUAUGCAACUAUUUUGAACGGGUUUAAACUAUGGAAAGUAGAAAAUAACGAGCAUCAGGAAUUGUAUUUACCAAACGGAGUGCGGAAUAUCAGCAAGAAGUUUAAUGAAUCUAAUGAAUUGUAUUUACCAAACGGAGUGCGGAAUAUCAGCAAGAAGUUUAAUGAAUCUAAUAAUUGUAUUCUCUCUGCUGGAGAUAGGUUGGCUGUAGCUGGGAUUAGACAGGAGUUGUUUGUCUGGAGUAUGUCUACUGGAGAACUUGUGAAUCAACUCAAUGCACAUUUUCAACGAAUUGUUGAAAUAAAAAGUUUAGUUGUUGGAUCAGAAAACUCAGUUCUCACUUCAUCUAUUGAUCGGAGCAUCAAGGUUUGGAAUUUGAAUUACAUAUUUGAAAAAGAGCAUCAUAUUGAUAAACAUGAGUUGACAAUAGAUUCUCUAAGCAUAUCAACCAAAGCUGGGAUAGCUGUAGUUGUUACAAGAAGCUGUAUAGGAAUUUGGGAUUUUAUGACUGGAAAACUAAAGUUUCGUCUGGCUAACGCUGCUUUAGGAGCAAUUGUUACUCAUGCUCUCGUCAAUAAAGAUGGAACGUAUAUAGUAGCUGCUGAAUCAGGUGAUGUUCUGUAUUGGAACCUGGAGAACAGACAAGUAAUAUUUCAGGAGAAACAGCCAAAUAUCCAGCAAAUAUUUUAUUAUAAAAAUGAGACCCGAUGUGUUGUUGUAUCAAGACGAGGAGAAAGAGGAAACUAUACUGGAAUAUGUACAUCACGCUCAGUUCCUGAAGGUGUUAAACAAUGGGAGUUUGAAUAUCCUUUUCUCGAGUUUAAGAAUGUAGUAAUGACCCCUGAUGAGCUGAAUGUAGUCUGCUACGGAUUUGAAAAGAUGAAGAACCAUAUCUAUAUCCAUGCUGCCAAGACAGGAGAAGCAUUGAACAAGAUAUUAAUCAAAUAUACAGGAUUUAAAGAAGUGACAAAAAUAGUUGCACUGCCAGACAAACCUAGUGUUGUGGCUUUGAUAGACGUAGAAAAGGGAAAUUUAAUUGAUAUUAUACAGAAGAGAUUUUUAAAGAGUAUUCCAUUUUGGGACGGAACCUGUACCAAGGAUGGGAAAUUCGGUUUGUAUGCUCCUGCAACUGGAGGAAUGGAUAUGCUAGAUUUAAGAACUGGUAAAGUGUGUAAAACCCUGAUACCUAAGGUGGCUGAGGGUAUAUUUGAUGUAGUUGCUGUUUUUAAUGCUACAAAUGAAUAUGUUCUAUAUUAUCACUCAGGCAAAAAAACAAUAAGAGCAUUUCGGCGGAAAAAUGGUGAAAUGAUCGCAAACUUUAGAGUCCAGGCAGAUCUGAAAGGAAUGGAGACAACUACAGAUGGAAGGUGUGUGGUAUUGGGUAUGGGGGAUGGUAGUAUGACUACUUUAACUAUAGCUGACCCAGAGAAAGAUGGAAUAAGGGAUUAUUUGAAAUCUUUACCAUCAAGAAAUCCCGAGGGCGCAGGCCCAAAUGGAAAAGGUAAAAAGUCCUGCUCUUCAGCAAUGCAUUCCCCCAGCGAAGCAAACCAUGGAGAAUCAUUAAGAAUAAUGAAUAAUUAA